AUGCCAUCGCGAAAUCAUCUUUCAGCUUAUACCGCUGAAGCAAAUGCUGCUACGUCAAGAAAGCGAUCGUUGUCAAUAGACGCUUCUAGUAGUGCUGUGAAGCGACCGAAGACUAAAGGCGGCUUUGUAUUGGAUAGCGAUGACAGCGAUGAAAACGGUGUGAAUGAAAUGAAGAAUCAUGUUCGUGUUUCUCCGAGGCCAGCUUCGCCACGAGGCACCCUGCAGACAAAGCCUACUCCAAAAUCCCUCCCAACAAAGCAGCUCAAUAAGUCUCGUAUUCAAGCACUUCUGGGCAGGAAUAAAAAAUCAGACCAGAGCACACAAAAGGCAUCAUCAUCGAGUCUGGCUCAACAACCUUUGCAACGAUCUAUGAGUACCGCUACUCAUCCGAUAGUACCAGUACCUACCAACAGCCCACAAGAAAACCUUGUACCGAAAGAACAGAAUGAAAAGGCAAAACUUUCUCAGAAGUCUGGAAAACAGUUUCCUAUUUUGAGAGAGAUGGGCGUCUUGAAGCAGCUGAACGCUGUAAAACCUAGGAGCAGCGCCCAUAAAUCCAAGACUACAGGAGAAAAGCCCGCAUUUAUUCAAAGGGCUCGUCAGACCACUCUUGAUAGACAGCUAAACAGCGACUCGAAUUCCGAGCAACAAGCUUUUGGAAAUUUCGGCAAUUUUGGCGCUUUUGAAAAGCCUACACGACUUUCUAAAUUAGUACCAUCUUCAUCGAAGCAACCUUUACCAAAAUCAAAGGCUGAUUGCAUUCCCAGUAGUGCUGGGGAUGUCAAUAAUGUAAGCCCAAAAAAACAGAAUAUAUUUCUGGCCAGCACUGGGAUGGAUGUAAAGGCUGGUCAGAAAAGUCCAGAUUGUGCGCCUGCAACUGGCGUCGUCUCUGAGAGGGUUUCAACAGUAGAUGCUAACAAAGUAUCCCCGCCGAUUGCUCAUUUAGGAACCAAAGAUACACAAGCAAACAGCAACAAGGCUUUAGAUCUCAGUCAAUCUUCCGGAAUCUCUGCAGAUGCAAUACCUUACUUUGAGUAUUCAAUCUCCCAAAAGCAGUGGUACGGUGAGCAAGAUGAGAAAGAGGCUUUCAUUAGUGAGAUAACUGUACGCCCGUUUACUAGUAUGCUUGAUGCAAAUGCACAGGCAGAGAGAUAUUUCCAGACCACACAACAGUAUCCGGGCUACAUGACGAUUGAGCAGAACAGCAAGCGAGAUGAACACGGCUGCAUAGUUCUGACUAGUACCAUAGCGCCUUUCGAAUACCCGAGCAAAAAACACCAUACACGGAUAUAUGUCAAACGCGAUUACGUUUCUGAGUUGGCAAACCAGACGCCUCAUUCCGUUAAGGACGCAUCCUUCAUAUCGGAUACUGGCUACAUUUUGAGGUUGUUCAAGCUAAUCGACUCUGAUGACUCCGACACAGAGUCAGGCAGCGACAAAGGCAAGCUUAAUGAACCUGUUCGUGUGUACCAUCCUCAUGGGCGUCCGGAGGUGUACACUACCUUGCAAGGUGCGAACCAUGCUGCCAGAAGCCUUCAAAUUGAGCUCAGCCAUGAAAAGAAUCCGACAAGUGCAAUGACCAAGAGGUAUCAGGAACAGGACUUGAAGAAACUCAACGAGAAGUCACGUGCACUUGAGGCAGCUGGAGAAGGUGAAAAUGGGUGCUGGCGCAGUAAGUUCAACGCCUGCGGCUUGGGAGGAGACAAACUUGAGCUGGUGGUGGAUAAGGCAGGGAUCUGCGGACCGAGGAACAUUUGA